CAACCAUCUGGCGGUUGACCCCGAAUUUUGGGCUGGUUUGUGGUAACAGAUGGUCAACCGUCCUUCCAUCCCUCAACAAUCAACGCUUGCAUUUUAGAGCCAACAUGGCGCCCUCUAAGAAACGCAAAAUCGAGGAAGACUUUAUCCUUACGAUCUCCGACAAUGAGGACGUUCCAAUCGAGGAAGAAGCCAUAGUUGAGGCGCCCCCCAAAAAGAAGACAAAAACGAGCAAGAAGAAGGGCGCAAAGAAAGAUGAGGCAGAUAAUGAGAAAGAGGGUGGCAUUUGGGGCCGAAAAUAUGAAGACGACGGCGCAAUGGACUCGGAAUUCGAGUUCAUGGUCGACAGCACGGCAGAUCUCGACGGCGAAUUCGCUGGCUGGGGCUUUGAUGGCGCUGUCAAGGGCGUGAAUCCUGACAAGAAAACGGUUGACCUUGACGAGAUCAUCAGAAAGCGUCUAGCAAAGAAGGGGAGAGGCAAGCAACCGUGUGUUGAGGCAGACGCAGUUUUAGACGACGAGGAUGCUGACAUCGACCUCGACGAUGACGAAGACGAAGUCCUCGCCGAAGACGGGUUUGGAAUGGGUGUAGGCUCUGAUGAGGAGGAGUCGGGGGAUGAAGUUGAUGCAGAGAUGGGUGAAAAUGAGGAAGAGGAAGAGGAAGAGGGAGAUGACGAGGACGGUGGCGACGCAUCAGACAACGAUUCGGUCGCGACGCCAGUCGAUCAUCCGGAAGACAAUGAUUCGGACGCCUCUGAUGUCGAAGAAGAUGAGGAGGAAGCUGCAAAACGAGCAGCUUUCUUCGCGCCAGAGGAAAAGGUCAACCCCGGCAAGCAGACCGUGAAAUCUUCCUUCCACGGAAUGUCACUUUCGCGGCCGAUUCUUCGCGGUCUCACAUCCGUCGGCUUCAGCAAGCCCACGCCCAUUCAAGCCAAGGCAAUACCAAUUGCCCUUGAAGGAAAAGAUGUUGUCGGUGGAGCAGUGACAGGAUCCGGAAAGACAGCAGCUUUCGUCGUGCCCAUUCUGGAGCGACUCCUGUAUCGACCGAAGAAAGUACCGACAACGCGAGUUGUUAUCAUGACCCCCACUCGUGAACUUGCCAUGCAGUGUCACUCCGUUGCGACAAAACUGGCCAGCCAUACCGAUAUCAAGUUUUGUCUGGCUGUUGGUGGCUUGAGUCUGAAGAUGCAAGAAGCAGAGCUGCGCCUCAGGCCAGAUGUCGUGAUUGCGACACCCGGUCGUUUCAUUGAUCACAUGCGCAACUCUGCUAGUUUCAAUGUGGAAACGGUCGAGAUCCUUGUUCUGGAUGAAGCUGAUCGCAUGUUGGAAGAUGGAUUCGCCGAUGAGCUGAACGAAGUUUUAACCACCCUACCAAAGGCACGACAGACCAUGCUGUUCUCCGCUACCAUGACUUCGACGGUUGACCGUCUUAUUCGCGUUGGCUUAAACAAGCCUGUACGCAUGAUGGUUGAUUCGCAAAACAGAACGGUUCAAAAGCUGGAGCAGAAGUUUGUGCGAUUACGGCCAGGACGUGAGGAGAAGAGGAUGGGCUACCUGGUACAUCUUUGCAAAACCACACACACAGAGAGAGUAAUUAUCUUCUUCCGACAGAAGAAAGAGGCGCAUCGCGCGCGAAUUAUCUUUGGCUUGCUAGGAAUGUCAUGCGCGGAGCUUCACGGCAGCAUGAACCAAGCCAUGCGCAUAUCGAGCGUCGAAGCAUUCCGAGAUGGCAAGGUCUCCUACUUGCUAGCGACUGAUCUCGCUUCCAGAGGUCUCGACAUCAAAGGAAUAGACACAGUCAUCAACUACGAAGCCCCACAGAACGUCGAGAUUUAUGUGCAUCGUGUGGGACGUACCGCAAGAGCUGGUCGAUCUGGUGUGGCAGUCACAUUGGCCGCAGAACCAGACCGCAAAGUCGUGAAGGCCGCAGUCAAGGCCGCAAAGGCUCAGGGGGCCAAAAUCAGCAGUCUUGUGAUUGACUCCGUAGAAGCGGACAUGUGGCAGGCGAAGAUUGAUGAGAUGGAAGAUGAGAUCGACGAUAUCACGCGCGAAGAGAAGGAGGAAAAGCAACUCGCGAAUGUGGAGAUGCAAAUCAGGAAGGGCGAGAACCUGGUGCUGCACGAGGAUGAGAUCAAAGGCCGUCCCAAGAGAACGUGGUUCGAGACGCAGCAUGACAAGAAGAAGGCGGCCGACGCUGGCCGCAGUGAAUUGAAUGGGCUCCGGGACGGCCUGAAGAAGAAGGGCGGCGGCAAGUUAUCCAACAAGGACAAGAAGAAGCUCGAUGCUCAUACUGUACGAACGGAAGGUCGCUCCUGGAAGAAGGGCGCGGAGGAACGAGCCGGAAAAGGUGCUGUUCUGAACUUGAAAAAAGCCAAGUCGAAGAAAACAGCUGGGAAGCCAGCUGGCAAACCGACAGGAAAACCUAGGAGAAGAUAGAAUUUGACACACCAUUGUAUCUACGAAUACUUAUACCCGACGAACAUUCUCAUUCGGCAUGCGAAACUGGCGGGAUGUACCAUGAUUUAGGCAUUCAGAU